GCAGCCAGAGCCGCUGCCAGAUAAAGCUUUGGGUGAGGGAGGAGAGCAAGGAGGCCUUCCCCUCACGACGGGCCACUUCACCCCUGCCGCCUUCUUGCGCCCUCCCGCCUGGCCCUCACCUCAGGCUUCCCAGUUUAGUUUGCGCUCCGGAGCAAGGAGCCCAGCCUCGCGCUUCCCAUUUUGGUGGACUUCAGCUCCCAGCAAGCCUCGGCUGCCUUGCCCAACGGCCGGGGAUUCUGGGAGAUGGAGUCCCAAACGCCCACAAGCAGAUAAUCACUCCCUUUGCGACGCCUUUGAAGAUGUUUGGAAGAAAAGGACAAGAAGCUCCUUCAUCUAUCCCCUAGGCAUGAAGAGAAACCUUAGAGUAAAAAGGUCUACAUUACCUGCAAAGGAGUGCAACUUACAUAAUUAAUACAGCCACCUGGUGCCAUGUGAACCUGCCUAAUAUCCUGUUUUCGCAAGACCACUUUUUAUUCACAUUGACUGUAAAAUCCACAAGAGUGCAUUUCAAGACAGGCUAUGCAAUAUAUCUUUUUACUGAAGCAAAAUAUGCUGGAUGUUGGGAAAUGGCCAAUAUUUGCUUUCCGCUCACCAGAGGAGUUGAAGCUAAUUCGCCAAGCCUGCGUUUUUGGCAGUGCGGGCAAUGAAGUACUUUACGUUACUGAAAAUAAUGAGGUUUUUGCCCUUGGCACUAACUGCAGUGGCUGUUUGGGAGUUGGUGACACACAAAACAGCGUUGAACCCCGGAGAUUAGAUACUUUAUGUGGCAAGAAAAUAACUUGCCUCAGCUAUGGAAGUGGGCCUCAUGUUGUUGUAGCAACUGCUGAAGGGGAAGUAUAUACCUGGGGCCAUAAUGCUUACAGUCAGCUGGGAAAUGGAACAACAAAUAAUAGUUUACUGCCUUGUCAAAUCUCUACCAACUUGGUAAACAAGAAAGUCACUGAAGUAGCCUGUGGCUCCCAUCAUUCUAUGAUCCUAACUUCUGAUGGAGAGGUAUAUACGUGGGGCUAUAAUAACUCAGGGCAAGUUGGAUCUGGGUCAACAGCAAAUCAGGCAAUCCCUAGAAGAGUUACUAGCUGCUUACAGAAUAAGAUAGCAGUCAACAUUGCUUGUGGACAGAUGUGUUCGAUGGCUGUCGUAGAAAAUGGGGAGGUUUAUGUGUGGGGUUACAAUGGCAACGGGCAACUUGGACUGGGCAAUAGUGGAAAUCAGCCAACCCCUUGUAGAAUAGCAGCUUUACAAGGCAUCCGUGUGCAACGGGUUGCCUGUGGCUAUGCACACACACUAGUGCUAACAGAUGAAGGUCAGAUGUAUGCCUGGGGAGCCAAUUCCUAUGGCCAGUUGGGCACUGGAAACAGAAGCAACCAGUCAUACCCUGUGCCAAUCACCGUGGAUAAAGACAGAGUCAUAGAGAUUGCUGCAUGUCACUCUGCUCAUACUUCUGCUGCUAAAACGCAGGGUAGCCAAGUGUACAUGUGGGGUCAGUGCCGGGGACAGUCUAUCACUCUUCCAUACCUCACCCACUUCGCCUGCACUGAUGAUGUGUUUGCUUGUUUUGCUACUCCUGCAGUGACUUGGCGUCUUCUUUCAGUAGAACCUGAUGACCAUUUAACAGUAGCUCAGUCACUAAAGAAGGAAUUUGACAACCCAGAUAAUGCAGAUUUGAGGUUUCAAGUGGAUGGAAAAUACAUUCAUGUUCAUAAAGUCCUUCUCAAAAUUAGAUGUGACCACUUUCGAUCAGUGCUCGGCAACAAUGAUGAAAUUAUAGAAAUAAGUGAAUUCUCAUAUCCUGUUUAUCGAGCCUUUCUGGAAUAUCUUUACACAGACAGCAUCAGUCUGCCUCCUGAAGAUGCAAUAGGUUUGCUAGACCUUGCAACUUUCUAUCAGGAAAAACGACUGAAACGACUUUGCCAACAAACCAUCAAGCAGGGUAUUUCUGAGGAUAAUGCCAUUGCCCUUCUUUCAGCUGCAGUCAAGUAUGAGGCUAAGGAGUUAGAGGAGUUUUGCUUCCGAUUUUGCAUAAACCACCUGACUGUAGUUACUCAGUCUCCAGGCUUUGCAGAAAUGGACCAUGACCUCUUGAAGAACUUCAUUAGCAAAGCCAGUCGAGUUGGAGCAUUUAAAAACUGAAGGAAGGACUUCUGCACCAACACAAAGAGAGUGUUCUUCUGGCAUGGAUGCUUGAAAUACCAAGAUGCUGCCUGGACAUAGGGUGUGCUUCUUGUUGAAACUAACAUUUUUGCAGUGUGGGUUGCAAGCACAGCCACUACCUUUGUGGGUUGAUAGGGUAAGAAUCUGGUCUCAAAAUCACGUAUAAGAUAACGUUUCCCUUAAUAUUACAGUAGGAUAUGAAGUGUUUUUCCCAUAAUGUCUAAAAAUGAAUGUUUGGAAACUGCUGCUUGGUGCAUUCAUAUUAGAAAUAGUGUUGUUAGUGGUGUUAGUAGUCCAGAGAGGUGACGUAAAAAUGCUGCCAAACAUCUAGUAAGUGAACAACCCCUAUUUAGGUGGGCGGGGUAGGCUACUACAUGACCUUCUAUUCUGCGGCUUUCCUUGUGGAAUUCCCCCAUUGCCUAAGCCUUAGUUCAAGCAUGGCACAAAACCUGUCAUUUUGGGAAGUGGGGCCUUUUCUGCUAUCAGAAUCAAUUAGGUUGCCUUUUAAAUAAUUUUUCAGGCUAUUUCAUAUGUAGUACUUGCUUGUUGAAACUCAGAAAAAAAGGGAACAGGGCACCUGAAAUUAAAAAGUGGAAAGGAGUAGUUGUGUUGGCUUUAGUUUGCUGUCAGUUGUAUUGUGGUAAAAUCUUUUGUUAGGCAGAAUCCUCUUUGCUGAAGAACUUAGGGCUGGAUGUUGCAAAAUGAUAGAAUCUAUCCUCUCAGAGUUAAUUUUUCUUCAUCACUGAUCAUGACAAACUUGCUUGAAAGACAAUGAGCCUACUAUGAAAUCCUUAAAAUUGUGUAUAAGCUGACUUCAUGUAUACUUCAAAGACAGGUAUUGGGGCCAGAAUUACAGAUUUUGAUAUGACAAGUGACUAAAUCGAAGAUCAUUGUGUGAGAGGAGAAAGUACCAGCACUGGCUGAAGGACAGCUGGCGCUGUUCACUGUCACUUUUCCUCCCAGACAUAAAAAAGGCCUAGAAGCAGGACACGGUGGAGAGCAGGACGGGUCAGUGCCUCUUUCAAGUUUUUCUGGCAAAUGAACUGCCAUCUCAAUGUACACCAAUCAGAAAAGGGAAUGUGUGUGUGGUUGUUUU